UGGGGUGGGGGGGGGGGUGGCGGAGGCCGUUGGCGGCACUGUACACUGGGGAUUCCGCGAAGAAAUGCUCCUCUCGGCAGAAGUGUUCGUUCCAGGGCUUCAGUAUUUUUUUAGGAAACUGGAGAGGCCGAAGCCCCUACAGUUGUUUCAGGGUCAGGGCUUCAGUGUUGCCAUCCAGUUUCUCAAGGUGGAUGCCACUGGGGGUUUCUUGACGAGUACAGGGAUGCGACUACUGUUUAUAAUCCCUGAAGAGGAAAUAUUUUUCGAUCUGUACCAUUGCUUUCCAAAGCCACAAUGCCUGCUUCUGCUUGCACACAUCUUGAUUCUGGUUGUACUAGGAAAUAUACAAGGUUCAAGAAUAUUCACGCAGUUUAUGAUGAAGAUUAUGACAGGGAUCCUAAGAGGAUCAAAACUGAAAUCAUUGAUUCGGAACUAAGUGUUGGUUCUGUCAGUGACAAGGAUAGUGAACAAGAUUGUGAUGAUGUAUUUCUCAAGGAUCUCAGGACUCAGUGUAAAGCAAAGAAUUGGAAGACUUCAAAAAUCACAUCGGAAGGAUGUGGCAUUAAGAAUCAGGCUAAAACAGAAGAUGACAUUGAUCUUGAUAAGCCUCUUAUUGCAUUGAAACAAAAGAGUCCAAAAACAUCUCUUGCUAAGGAUAAUGUAAAGAUGAAUGCACUAAGAUCUUCUCCAUGUGCUACGAAAGAGGAAGAUACAACAUCACAUAGAGACAAGAUUCUUAGUUCUUCCCUGAUCAAAGCAACAAUGCAAGACCCAGUAUUAGAGAAGCUUGGAAGGAAAUUUGCAGAACUGGAGCAGUCUAAAGUUGUUAUUGAUUGUACUGAAAUCGUUGGUGAUCAAAUUUGUUGUGUUGAAGUGAACAAUACAGCUGGAGCUCUAGCGAGCUGUGCAAAACCUGAUGUACUUUGUGAAAUAAAAGCUGAAGAUACAAAUUAUUCUGAAUUUGGAACUUCUAUCUGUUCCAUAAAGAAUCCUGAGCAUUCAUCCUUUAAGCUGCAACAGAAGCUGGUAGCGGGUGAUGACUGUGUGCCUCAAUAUUGUUUCAUGACUCGACCAGCUCAAUUAGCCGAUGUUUCUGAUCAUCCCUGCGAACAAACCUGCAGUAUCAACAAUUUUGAUGACAUUACAGCUGCAAAAGCAAUUGAGGUUUCUUCGUUAGGUCUCACUGAUGAAACGAGCAAUCAUCAGAAAACAUCUGAAAAUCUAACUGACUCAGAUGUGUGUAAGUCCUCUACCGCAAAUGGGUUUAUAGCUUGUUCUUUCAAUCAGUCCUGCCAUGAUCUUGUGGAUAGCGAUGAACAUUGGAAUUUAUUUGUUCAUCGGAAUGAGCCUGUGAAGCUUUUGGAAGAGUUGUCUUCUGUUGAUGAAUCAUGCGCAGAUACUCAAUCUGAUUUAUGUGGAAGCACAAAAAUGAAUUGCACUUCCCUUGAGGGGGUUGUGCAGAUGCAGGCUGAGGGCCAAUUGGAUUCAAUAGUCUGCUGUGGUGUAAGGCCAAAGCAUAUGUUACUAGAUAUGGAAAUUAGACAUACAGAAACUGGUGUAUUCACCUUUGAUAAGACUAUUGACUUGGCUCAUCCUGCCAAUUUUGUUGCACAAGAUGGAAGGCUAGAAAGUAUAGUAUACGAUGUUUUGAAUAAUCAUGCACAAAGGACAGCCUCUAAAAACGAAUCUUCUGUUGGACUCCCAGAAACUGCUGUGAGUCAGAGCUCACUUAUUGACUUCACUGACAAUUGUGUUGAAGACAAAAGGGCUUCAGUUGAUAAAAUUUUACCUCCCAAUAAUCUAGACUGGCCAUUGAAGGAUAAGUUAAAUUCUACAACAGACUAUGACAUUUGUAGGCCUAUUAAUGAUGAUGAAGGAUCAGAAGAAGAAUUAGUGCCUCAACAUCAGUUAUACCAGUCGUGUAGUGAUAAAUUCAACCUUAGCAGUGCCAUGCCAGAGAUUUCUAAUGCUGAAGAUUCACAAAAAAUAUCUGCCGGAGCUCAAAAUUCUUCUGCUACCUUUUUGGAAACUGAUGGGCGAAUUAAAAAGCCAAAUUUUUUUGUGGAUGAAGAACCAAUUGAA